AUGAUAACGCCUAUUAUCAUAGUGAACUUGAUUGGUUUCACGCUGGAGGGGCUGAUGGCGGCCGGGAUACUGAUUAUCCUCUUCCAAAUCACCCAGAUGAAGCAAAAGCCCGGCGAGUUGCGCUCCGGAAAUCGCUCUUUAAAAAUCAAGGAUGCCCCAGCUUCUCUAUCGUCCGUCUCGGCCAGGAAGAAGGACCCACCUGAAGCGAGAACUGAUGACAACGCAAAGCCUAAGCUCAAGCCGGAGAAGAUGAGCCAGCCAGAUGCGGGGUCUAUGCCCGUAAAAGUGGAUACUGUCGCUCAGCUCAGCGACGACGAAAAGGAGAUGGACAGACUGCUAAACGAGGUGACCCACGGCGAGACGGACAGCCCGGCCGCGUCGAAGGCCAUCGUCAAGGAGAAGGCGAAAGCAAACCAUCGCAUGUUCAUCCCGUCAUUACCGCAUCCGAGCGCUCAGGCCGACGUGGAGGUGACGAAGGAGACGCAAAGAAGUGAGAAGACGAGAGAAGAGCAGCAGGAAAACGCCAAGGCU